CCUCUUAGAGAAUGUUGUACUGAAGACACAAGACCUCAGACUUGUGUUAUUCUAGCAGCUGAACUGACCCCAGGCUCUUCUGACUGGCAAUGGCGCUGGAAGCAGUCUGAUCUAUAGAGUUAUGGAUUCACUAACAGAUUCUACUGUAUACUCUGACAACUGUGACCACAAUGGUCCACCCACAAAUGAAUUAUCAGGAGUGAACCCAGAGGCACGUAUGAAUGAAAGUCCCCAUCCAGAUGAGCUGACGGCAGUCAUCAUUGAUGGAGGAGGCAUUAAGGACAUUCCACAGACAAAUGAAUUUAAAGGAGCAACCGAGGAGGCACCUGGGAAAGAAAGUCCCCAUCCAGAUGAGCUGACGGCAGUCAUCAUUGAUGGAGGAGGCAUUAAGGACAUUCCACAGACAAAUGAAUUUAAAGGAGCAACCGAGGAGGCACCUGGGAAAGAAAGCCCAUACACAAGUGAAUUUAAAGGAGCAGCCCUGGUGUCACCUAUCAGUGAAAGCAGCAAGAUUAAGAAAAUUGUGCGUUCAAUUGUAUCAUCCUUUGUAUUUGGGUGUUGGUCUGAUGUGUCUACUAUAAAAGGCCAUGAUAAUAUCUUGUGA